GAGGAAUUUCACCCCAGAUUUAAGCUGGAAAGUGCUAAAUACUUUCGCUGGUAAAAUAAGGAUUAAUACCAGAAAUCGGAAAAAGAGUGCGGGUAUAACUUGGUGUUGGAUUUCAACGCGAGAAAGGAGCCAGAGGGUUCGCAAAUCAGCGAUAAACUAAAAUGAGGUCGCAAAUAGAAAUUGAACGAGUUCUACAGGAAAGUUCCUGCUCCGCUCGGCAGAAAAAUUGGGCCCAGCAGCCUGCAAGGGCUGCAUUGAAUCUGGCAGCGUCGGACAACGAAGAAGCAGUACAGCAGGCCCAGAUGAACCUAAAAUUCAAACCGCGACAAAUUGGGAACAGUCAUUUUGCACGGUGUCAGUUUGAAAAAUCGACAUGGUCGAUUUCGAUGAUGUAAACUGCGCCGGAAGACUGGGAAAUGCAGCUAUUAGAAGGAG